AUGAAAUGUGCAGCCAGGGAUGCGACAUUCGAAUCUCCAACUGGCUCUGGUAGAUCCUCCUUCAUCCAGGACGAGUGUAUCAACAUGGGAGCUCCCGAACUUGCCCCUUACUACCUCACGGCAGUAGAUGCUAUGCUCGAUGUAGGAAUAGCAAAGUGUAUGCCAGGAAACUACCAUGAUGCCAACAUGUGCAGUUCCGAUUUCCCAUUGGCGGAUGUGAUGGAAUGUCUUCAAGGAAAUGCUCUGGGGUUGAUAUGGGAAAUCAGCAGCAGUAUCUAUACUAUCCUCCAACUGCCAGAAGCAAUACGACUAUAUCACACCCGAUAA